AUGGCCACCCUCGCCAGGAGCAGCAGCAACAACAACGGCCACGGGCGCCACCACGAGGCCUCCACCACCUCCUCCUCGUCGUCGUCCUCCGCUGCGGCCUCGGCUCAGAGGCGGAGGGGAGGAGAGCCGCAGCAGCAGGCCGUGGCCGUCCCGGCGACACCGGGGCGGCCGCUGCUGUUCUUAACGAGCCCUGCGCACCACCACCACAGCCAGCUCGUCGCACCCAGGAGGUCCGUGCCGUCCAAGUGGGAGGACGCCGAGAAGUGGCUGCGGCAGUCGUCGGAUUCUGACCACGGCAACGGAAGCGGUAAUGGCAAGGCUGCCUUUUCCAGGCAGCGAAGCAGCGGGCUCGGACACCGAGACGGCGCCGGAGGCGUCGACGAGAAGAGGGCGACCAUGACGGUGAGGAGGUCCGUGGAUGCGCUCCGGGAUGCCCACUCGCUCGCGCUGCACACGCCGCCGGCAGAAGUGCUCCUCAAAGACAAGUUCACCGACAACGAGGAGCCGUCCAAGGAGAGCUUCGUGUUCCGGAGCUCGUACUGCGAGCUGGUGCCGGCGAAGGGCUCGGCGGUGGGCGCCGACGACGACCACCAGCGGAGGGACGUUGGCACGGAGAUGACGCCGCUGGGCAGCUCGUGCCACACGCCGCUCAAGAACACGUCUCCGGUGCGGCACAACACGCCGGCGAGCCGGUUAGGGCCGCUGGUGCCGUACACCGGCGGGAUGGACAUCUCGGAGCUGGCGGACUGCCACCUCGCCAAGCUGGACCUGGGCGCGCGGUUCGAUGCCAUGCUUGUCAACUGGAGCUCCAAGGAGGAGGAGGAAGAGGAGGUAUCAGAGGAAGAGGCAAAGAUCCAGGCUUGGAUUAACCUGAGAGCGCCAAGGCUGAAGCACAAUCAAGAAAGCUGGAGGCAACAGUGCUGCAAUGCACGACAUACUGCAAGUCCAACUGGUGAUCAGGUUUGGGUCAAGAUCCUGACAUUUUUGCAAUGUGUGCCUGCCUGCUCUGAUCAUCAGGUGAAGAUUCAGAAGAUGCGGUCGAACCUGGAGGAGAAGUUGAUGCGGCGGAUGACGACGGUGCACCGGCGCGCCGAGGAGUGGCGCGCCACGGCGCAGGCGCAGCACCUCCAGCAGCUGCGGCGCGCGGCCGCCGACAACACCCGGCGGCUCAGGGCCACGAGCCACCACCGCCACCUGCCGGGCAGCGACGCGCCCUCCUGCGCCUGCUUCCCCUGCAGCAGCAACAACAACAACGUCGUCAGCGGCAACCUCCUCAACUAUUACUAG